CGCCGGUUGCGCUUCGUAUGCUGCGCUUCAUAUACAUACAUACUUGGUGCUCCUCCCAGGUGAGCGUCGUCACCGACCCCCUUGCUGCUGAUCAUACGGGCAUUCCAGUGUUUUGCGUUUUGCCAAUUCGAUCCGACAUCACAUCGCCUGCACAUGUCGUGCCCGUGAUGCAAGAACACAACAUCGCCUCCCGAACGGACUACUUUACCCUUGGAGACACUGCCAACAAUUACAGCCACUUCUCAGUCGAGACGCCUUUUGCUUCACCCACCUUCAGUCCUGGGGACGAUACAUUAGCAUACAUAGAACACCCUCUACUGGCAAGCCGCGAAAGUGCAAUUCUGUCACCACCAACGGAACCGCCGAUGGCAUCGAACUUCAUGUCCAGACAGACCGCUGCAGCCCACGGGCAACUGGGUGGCAGACCACGGCCAUACCCAGUCCAGAACGUGCUUCAUGUCACGAGCGACGACUCAACAUCUUCGGCUGAAAGCUCCUCGAAGUCAUCCAUCAGCUCCACCGUCUCGUCACCAGAGCUUGCAAGGUGCUCGCGAUGUCAGCGCACACCCAGCAUAGAUGUUCAGACAGGAAAGAGCAACAUGAUUAGUUACGGCUUGAACCUCUGGUACUGCAGUAGAUGUGCAGCAUUGGUUGGCCUGACACAGCGCUGAAAGACACCAUCACACAAUUGCACUAUCAAACAGCAAUCCUGCUCCAAUCAACGAAUACUCAGAAGGGGUACUAGACAUGUCAGUGCCAGACAUUGACAACAGGAUCUUGGUGCCUCAAUUUAUCAGGUACAAGCAUGACCGAGCUGAGACGGUCUCGUUGCAGGCUGCCGAGUACAGUAAAGAAGUAGUCCAGGAGACACUUCUACUUCCAUGUUAAGGGAGACAAGUGCUGGCUACACAAAAGCAGAGAGCGGGCGAGACUCGGAGAGAAGGACAGGAUUUCUAGGCUGGCGAGCACCGAACAGAGGGAAUGAAGCAUAUGGAUGACGAUUUUAUGAGUUCGCGAAAGAUACCCUGUGAGCAAAUGAACAUUGCUGCCGUAUGCAGCACACCAAGGAAUCGAAAUGAAGACAGACUUCUUGCUAC